UACAAGGACGAGGUAGCGGCGGCGCGUGCGGUCGAUCUCGCCGCACUGAAGUCCUGGGGCGCCAGCGACUCCUUAAAUUUUCCGGUUCAAACAUACGCCAAGGAGAUGGAGGAAAUGAAGAGGUUCUCGACGGAAGAAUACUUGGCGGCUCUGCGACGUGAGAGCGACAGCUUCGCCAGGGGCGCCUCCAAGUACCGCGGCGUCGCAAGGCACAAUGACAGGUGGGAAGCGAGGAUUGGCCGAGUGAUAGGAAAGAAUUUAUAUUUGGGAACUUAUGACACUGAAGAAGAAGCUGCGCAAGCGUACGACAUGGCAGCAAUAUUGUGCAAGGGGCGGAAUGCCGUCACCAACUUCAACGUCAACAUCUACGCCGAUUGCCUGAUGAGUAACCUUGCGCUUGACGGCGAGCAGUGGGAACUGGAGAAGCACCAAGAAGAGGAGGAGGAGGAGGAUCAGGAGAAGCCAAAGCCGGUUUGUCUCCGGGAACGAGAGGCAGAUGAUGAAGAGCUAUGUCCUUCGGUUAUGGCCGCCACAAUGGCUGCGAUGGACGGCAUCGUUGUCAGUCUUCCUCCAGCACCGGAUCCGGAGGUUCUCGCUGAGGAGGAAGCCCCCCUCGAGCUGCCGAACUCGUCGGAGUACGGUGAGGCCGACUUUGACGACAUCGAUACAAUGUUGUCUGAGAUGCUGACCGACGACAAUGGUUUGGCCUUUGACCCAGAUAGCCUGUUGAACGCCACCGAUCAUGACUUGGUGGGAUGAGCUGAGCUGAGUUAUCGCCGCGCCAUCCUCCUCCGCCCCCCGGAUCAUCAUCAACACCGUCUUCCUUGUGAUCAAAGGGCCCACUGUGGACUUUUGGGCCAAUAGGAGAGCGCCAUGUCAUAUGUGACAGA